UCCACUAUUGUACUGUAGGAAAGGAUGAUUAUGCGGGGAGAAAUGAAAGCAAAGCAGGUGUGAAAACCUUUUCAGGUAAGGAAAAAACCAGGUGUAAAGUCGCAACUGGGGAAGGGAAGAGAGAGAAAAUAAGGGAGGAAAACCCAAGGGCCAAGACUUUUUCCCACCCACAAUUCCUCAUCCCCUCGGUAGAAAUCAGAGACAAGAAAACAGUACUCCCAAAAGAAACCCAUUUACAUGGGUCCUUGAUCUUGUCGAAGAGGAUUAUUCAGGUACCGGAAAAUCAUGGAGCACAAACUGUUGACUGCGUUAAUGGUGGCGGUUGUGAUGAUCGGUGCUGCAACUGUCGGAGCCGAGUACGUCCGACCGAAGCCUCGGAAAGCGUUGCGUUUUCCGUCGAGUCGAAAGCCCUCCUCUGAACCCCAACAGGUGCAUAUCUCAUUGGCAGGGGAUCAACAUAUGCGAGUGACAUGGAUCUCGAAUGAUAAAUCUUCUCCAUCAAUGGUUGAAUAUGGAACCUCACCCAGAAAGUAUACCUCUAUUGCUCAAGGAGAGAGCUCUUCUUAUAGUUAUCUGUUUUAUAAGUCUGGAAAGAUCCACCACACUGUCAUUGGGCCGCUGGAACAUGGCACUGUUUACUUCUACCGAUGUGGAGGACAAGGUCCAGAGUUCCAGCUCAAGACACCUCCAUCUCAAUUUCCAGUUACUUUUGCUGUGGCUGGUGAUUUAGGUCAGACUGGCUGGACUAAGUCGACAUUGGACCACAUAGACCUUUGCGAAUAUGAUGUGCAUCUGCUUCCUGGUGACCUUUCCUAUGCUGAUUACAUGCAGUCCCAGUGGGACACUUUUGGUGAGCUAGUGCAGCCACUUGCAAGUGCAAAGCCGUGGAUGGUAACAGAAGGGAACCAUGAAAAGGAGAACAUACUGAUGCUUGAGGAUGAAUUCGUAGCCUACAAUGCUCGCUGGAAGAUGCCAUUCGAGGAGAGCGGAUCAAGUUCAAAUCUCUACUAUUCUUUUGAAGUUGCUGGGGUUCAUCUUAUUAUGCUUGGUUCAUAUACAGAUUAUGAUGAGUAUUCUGAUCAAUAUAGCUGGCUGAAGGCUGAUCUUUUGAAAGUAGACCGAAAGAGGACACCUUGGCUACUUGUUUUAUUCCAUGCUCCGUGGUAUAACAGUAACAAGGCUCAUCAAGGCGAAGGAGACAGUAUGAUGGCCGCCAUGGAACCAUUGCUAUAUGCUGCUGGUGUAGAUAUUACGUUUGCUGGCCAUGUGCAUGCUUACGAACGCUCGAAACGUGUCUAUAGUGGUAGGUCAGAUCCUUGUGGUGCUGUCCACAUAACAGUUGGCGAUGGAGGCAACAGAGAAGGUUUAGCCACCAAGUACAUAACUCCACAGCCAAAGUGGUCUGUCUACCGUGAAGCGAGCUUUGGUCACGGCGAGCUCAGAAUAGUGAACGCAACGCAUGCUUUCUGGAGCUGGCACAGGAACGAUGACGAUGAACCAGUGAGAUCUGAUCAGAUAUGGAUUACCUCAUUGGUCAGCUCUGAUUGUGUCGCUGAUAAGAGUUCUGAUCUAAGGAAGAUGCUGUUGUCGCCGUAGUCACCCGAUUAUGGGAGUGUCGGUCUGUUCUUCUCUGGAUUCAGACCUGGUUUCUUGCCACAACUCCAUGUGUAUAUAUAUAGCUAGAACGUUGGUGUUGUGUUUGUUUCAGAGGCCAUUAUAUUAGCUCGAAACGGCUUUGUACUGUACUGUGCUUUGUCUGUGAGACCUCUGCUUUAUCAGUUGCUUUAUGGUCUUUUACCAUUACUAUUAUAUGAACGUUACCAGUGGUAUAUGAUAUUCCACUGGUUUAAGAGAUGGUUUUUCAAUA